UCAGAUCCAACUGUACUUCAGGCACACACAUCUACACUCUCAUACUCCAUGGGAUUAAGGAGAAGAUGCAGGGUAGCGGUGGUCCCAUGUCCUUUCUCACACAGGUGCAGAUUAUUAUGAUUGGGUGUGUAUGACCUACCUUCCCUCUCUAAGAUGCUUUGCAGAGUGAUCCUCCUGGACCGCAGUGUGAGGGAGUGGAACCUUCCGAGUAAUGCUACUGGCAAGGAGCUUUUUGAUCAAGUAUGUGAGCACCUCAACUUACUUGAGAGAGAUUAUUUUGGCCUGGCCAUCUUUGACUCUCUGGGUGCAAAGACAUGGCUAGAUGUUUCCAAACAAAUCAACAAGCAGUUGAAAGGGAUACAGCCCCAGUUUGUUUUCAGUGUGAAGUUCUACCCUCCAAAUCCAGCUCAGCUAUGUGAAGACCUAACCAGAUACUUGAUGUGUCUGCAGCUUCGGCGGGAUCUUUUAACCAGUCGGUUGCCAUGCCAAUCAGCGACUCUGAUUGCACUGGGCUCAUAUGUCCUCCAAUCAGAGUUUGGCCAGUAUGACCCAGACCUUCAUGGGAACACAUACACCAACAGCCUGUACCUGGCACCCAAUCAGAAUGAAGUGUUGCUGAAGAGAAUGAAGGAGCUACAUCACACCUAUGGCUCUAUGUCAUCUGCUCAAGCUGAUCUCUUAUUCCUGCAGAAAGUCUGUGAACUCCCUAUGUAUGGAAUAGAUCGUCAUCCUGCCAAGAAUUCAGAUGGUGAGGAUGUUGUCUUAGGUGUGUCCUCUGAGGGCAUACUGUUGUACAGAGAUGACAUUGUUGAGAGCAAAUUCCUGUGGCCCAGAGUUCUGAAGGUGUCAUACAAGCACUCCAAGUUCCUUUUCAGAACACACCCAUCAGAGGGAUCUGUAUGGACUUUAUGUUUUACCUUGCCCAGUAAUCGUGCAUGCAAAUCCCUCUGGAAAGUGGCUUUAGAGCAUCAUAGCUUCUUCAGGCUCCCAUCUGUUGAAGUUUCUCAGCGACGAUUACUGACUUUGCGUACUCAGUUCCAUUACCAUGGACGCACAGAAGCUGAAUCACUUCAGGCCAGCUCUGAAAUCACCCGACCCAAUCCAGCCUUUCAAAGAAAACCUAGAGCAAAAUCCACUUCACUGGAUGCUCUCACGCGCACAAACCAACCUGAGCUUGAUGACUGGUUCCUAGAGCUGGAUUCUAUUCCCGCGAAACCCCUCUGUAUCACAGCUGUAGAUGAGGGGCCAGUGCUGGUGAAUGAAUGGAAGCGGGAGUCUGAGGACUGGCUCUUAUUCUUAGACCAAACCAAUCAAACCCUGAUGCAUCUGGAUUCAGACCUAUCUAAUACCAAUACACCCCAAGAGGACCUGGAACAGGAUCUUGAAGACUCCUCUGUUGGUGAUGCAGAAGGAGAGCCAGCUGAGGAGGAGAUCACGGGAGAGCCACAGGAGGAGGAGCUCAUGGAAGAGCCAGCUGAGGAGUUUAUGGAGGAGGAAACAGAGAGACAUGAGGAAGGAGAACUAUUGGAAAUAAGACAAGUGAAGGAAGUGAAGACUGUGAGAAAAAUAUCAGAGAGAGCUGAAUCCUCUGAAGGAGAGGGUGAAAUUCUAAAAUACAGACUGAGGGGGAGAGGAAUUUUGGAUGUGCAGAGUGAUGAUUGGUAUUUCUUGUUUGAUCGGCAAUCAUCUAAGUUUGAUCCAAAACGUGCAGUAAAACAGGUGCGUAUACUGGAGCAACAGCAAGAACUAGUUGCUGGCAUUAUGGGAGAAAAACUAGCGGGAUUGGUCAUGUCCAGUGAAACAGAGCAAGAAUGGGAAGUUGUGGAGGAGUCUCAGCAAAAAGCAAUGGAAGAAGGGGAGCAGGAGGGAGAGACUGUGGAAAUACGACGGCAAAAGCUGAAGAUUGUAAGAAAACGAACGGUGGAGGUAGAGGUUGAGGAGGAAAUGCUCUCUCUCAAAGAAGAUUUUGGGGAUGAGAUGCAAAAGGAAAUUGAAGUUAUUCAAGACCUACAGGAACUGGUGGUAGUAGAGGAGAUGCAGGUAGAACUGGAGAUUCUGAAAGAAAGGCUACGAGAAGUCGACUUCUUGGAGUACAAAGUACAGAAGAUGGAGCAGCAAAGGAAUGAGGAAACACCAGAAGACAACUGGCUCAUCUUACUGGACCAACUGCCAUACAUAAUCUAUCCUGCACCAUUAGCAGGACACACCAGCGAAGCAGUGGAAGAACAGGAGAUCGUAGAGAUGCCCGUAGAUCAGAGAACAGAAGAGGCCAUUUUGAUUGUAAAGGAGGGAUCAGAGGAACAGGUGGUGAUAGAAGAGGGGAUGGAGGAGAGUGUGAUCAUCAUAGAGAGAGGAGUCAUCACUGAGCCAAUCACAUUACAGAACAAUCUUUACUCAGGGCGGGACAUUGAUGACGAUUGGUUCCUGCUUUUGGAACCAGUCCCUCUGGAAGAUAGGAGAACAGUGGGAGACUCUCAGCCCUACACGACUGGACCCACCUAUGAGCCUGAAGAAGAGGCAAUACUGGAAAGGGAGGAAAGUGAUCAAGCUGUUAUAAUGGAGCAGACAGCCAAGGUUCCAGAUGAGCCUGGAAGCAUUUCCGAAACAACUGCUGAACAAAUCAUAUUACAGAGGACAAACCCGGGGCUUCAGUAUAUCGAAGAUGAUUGGUUCCUGUUUUUUGACCAAGUUCCUGUGCAAAGCAAGACUCCUCCCUCAGUUGUAUGGGAAGAUCUGCAACGCCCUGCUGACAUCAACACCAUCUCAGUGGAAAUAAAGGCUGAGGAACAGGGAGACGAGGAAAUGACAGAGGAGAUGACAGAAAGACAGGAGCAAAUAAAGAUGGAAGCCCAGCCAACCAUUCAGGAGCAGAGACCCAAGUUUACUCCCAUUGAGGUGGAGGAUGACUGGUACAUUGUACUGGAAGUCCCUCCCAAAGAAACAGUCGAAGUGAAAGUGGAAGUGAUGAAAGGAGUGAGCUGGGAGGAGAGAAUCACUGAACAGGUGACCAGAACAGAAGAAAAAAGGUCCAUUAUUGAAAGGCACAUUGAAGUGAGAGUCGUUGAGUCCUACACCGAGGACGCCAAAGGAGAAGUGGAGGUGGAGAAAGUGACUAUUAUGGAAGAGAGAAACAUUGAUGCUGAAAACCCCGGAGAAUACAUCACAUUACAGAUGAAUCGUCCAGUGGCAGUUCGAGACAUUGAGGAUGACUGGUUCAUGCUUUUAGAACCAACCCCAGUGGAUUUCAAGCCUUCCCCUUCAGUUGCAUGGGAGAGAGAACAGGCUUCUCAAGAGACUCUGGUGAGAGUGGACACAGAGACCACCCUUAAGAGAGUGAGGAUUGCAGAGGAGGAAGUAAUGAUCAUAGAGGAGAGAGAACAACAUGCACAGAAACCCACUGUGGUCAUGCAGAGCCCUCCAGUGGUUCCACGAGACAUUGAAGACGAUUGGUUCUUGUUGUUGGAAUCAGUUCCUGUGGAAGUGCAGUCUCCACCUUCAGUUUGGGUCUCCCCACCAUAUAGAGCGGAGGCUCUGGUGAGAGUGGACACAGAGACCACCAUUAAGAGAGUGAGGAUUGCAGAGGAGGAAGUAAUGAUCAUAGAGGAGAGAGAACAACAUGCACAGAAACCCACUGUGGUCAUGCAGAGCCCUCCAGUGGUUCCACGAGACAUUGAAGACGAUUGGUUCUUGUUGUUGGAAUCAGUUCCUGUGGAAGUGCAGUCUCCACCUUCAGUUUGGGUCUCCCCACCGUAUAGAGCGGAGGCUCUGGUGAGAGUGGACACAGAGACCACCAUUAAGAGAGUGAGGAUUGCAGAGGAGGAAGUAAUGAUCAUAGAGGAGAGAGAACAACAUGCACAGAAACCCACCGUGGUCAUGCAGAGCCCUCCAGUGGUUCCACGAGACAUUGAAGAUGAUUGGUUCUUGUUGUUGGAAUCAGUUCCUGUGGAAGUGCAGUCUCCACCUUCAGUCGUACGGGAGAAAGUGUCAGAUGUCUCUAGAGUGACAGUGGAGGUAAGGGCUGAGCGGGAUGAAGAAAGGAGGAGAAUGGAGAAGAUGACUGAAAGACAGGAGCAAAUAAAGAUGGAAGCCCAGCCAACCAUUCAGGAGCAGAGACCCAAGUUUACUCCCAUUGAGGUGGAGGAUGACUGGUACAUUGUACUGGAAGUCCCUCCCAAAGAAACAGUCGAAGUGAAAGUGGAAGUGAUGAAAGGAGUGAGCUGGGAAGAGAGAAUCACUGAACAGGUGACCAGAACAGAAGAAAAAAGGUCCAUUAUUGAAAAGCACAUUGAGCAACUCCAACCCCAGAAGAAACAUCCAGCGGUUGUUUGUGACAUUGAUGAUGAUUGGUUCAUGCUUUUGGACCCAGUUCUUUUGCAAGAACGUUCUGUCCCCUCAGUAGAGACCAGGACACCUGUGGAUGUCUCUAAGACAAAAGACCAGAGAGUGGCGGAGAAAGCAAGGCCAGGGAAGGAGAUAAUUCUGGAGAAAGAAAGACUGAGAGAGCAGGAGAUGCAGAGGAUAUCACAACAGAGCGUAUUUGUGGGUGUUCGGGAAAUUGAAGAUGACUGGUUCAAACAUUGGGAUAAAACUAUUUUGUUGUAUCAAGAAGCAGAAACAAGAUCUGCGGUGAUCUCAAAGCCUGAAGAACAGAGAGCUGUGGAGAGGAAGGGGAUUGAGAAAGGAAGAAUUAUGGAGAAAGAAAGGAUGAAAGAGGAAGACAUGCGGAAGAGAGUUACAAUCGCAGAAGCAAAUAGAGUGAGAUUAUUACAAGAGAGUGCACCACCAGCUGGUCGCGAAGUUGUUGAUGACUGGUUCAUACUUCUGGAUAAAGUUUCAGUGGAGGUUCAAGCUCCUCCUAGAGUUGCUCUCAUCAUCCCUCCAACACCUGCAAAGAGGCCUCUUCCUGUAGGCCAACCCCUGACCUCUACACCCACCAUACACCCUGCCCCCAUCAUCAAAUACAUUGAGAAAGAGGAGAAGAGAGAGACUCAAGUCACAGUGGAAGAAAAAGAAGACGAGGAGCUGACCAUCAUUAGGAGGAAGACAAGGGCGAUCGAAGGAGAGACCAUCUACAUCAGACACAGUAUUCUGAUGUUAGAGGACUUUGAUGUGACUCAGGAGGUGGUGUUGCGUCACCAUGCCAGCAUCAGUGAAAUGAAGCGACUUUUCAUGGAGGCAGAGCCUGAGCCUCAUCUCAGUGAAUGGGACAAGCAUUUGUCAAUCUGUCACCUGGACACCCACACGCACCUCAUUAGCAUGGAGGAGUGGGAGAGAGAGGAAAGAGAGUCUAUCAUGUAAGGAAAUCGGGAAUCUGACAUCUGGAAUCCUUAACCAAUCAAUCAGAUGUUGUACAAGGGAUCUUUCAUCAGUCAGAGACCGGAGACAAGCCUAGGAACCCUACAUCAGUAAUACUAGGAAUUACUAAUCCUAGUAGUAAUACUAGGAAAUCAUUUUCUUAGUUUUUUUGUAUUGUUUGUCUGAUGACUUCCAUUAACAAUUUGACAUUUGUCCACCGAGUAAUUCUAGAUAUGUGAAGUAUGGAAUAUGAAUGUUAAGUCAGUAGAAUUAGUUGAACUCAAUAAUUGAUUGGAAUGUGUGGGUUGAUUUUUUGUUGUUGUCAAUUGAGAUUUUCAAAUAAAUGAGGGGUGUUUCUCAUGGA